UUUUUUUUCUUUAUUCUUUAUUUUGUACCUGAUUUCUCUUUGGCGCUUUUGAAAGUAAGUUCUUCCAUUCAGUGGUUUGCUGAUCUAAAACUUGAUCUGUUUUGGAAAUGAAGAAUCAAGAGUUGAUAGAUGUGGUGUUCACUUGGUCUAUUGAUGAUGUACUCAAUAGAGAUCUUAUCAGGAACAAGGUUACCAAAAUCCCACAGAAAUUUUCAUCCUUAACCGAUUACACCAAAUCGUUCAUCGAUCCACUACUCGAAGAAACCCAUGCGCAGUUACUGUCCAGUAUGAACAUCAUCUCUAGAGCAUCUACUCGUGAGAUCAAGGUUAGAUCGGAAACAAAAAAUAUGAAGUUCCCUAAUUACCACUCGUAUAGCAUAUCUUUGGAAAACAAGAGUAGAGGUGGAAAUUAUGAGCCUGAGGUGGGAGAUCUCAUUGUGUUGACAAAUGUAAAACCAAGAUGCAUUGAUGACCUCAAGCCUUAUGUCAUUGCUUUGGUCCAAUUUGUCAAUAAUGAAGAUCAUGGCACAUGCCAAGUUAUAUCGUCAAAGCCCAUACCGCUUUCUGGGGAACAAACACAUAAAUUCAUGCUGUUUGCAGUUCAUCUUAUGAACUUGACAACGAAUACGCGUAUCUGGCAAGCUUUGCACCCUAGUUUGGAUGGGAAUAAGAACAUGAAAAUGAUCAAUAAAGUGCUUCAAACUGACUCAGUGGGUAAUGAUAGAUGUACAAUCUGUACCAUUAAAGAUACUAAGAAAUCUGUUUCUCAGAACUUGCAAACAGCCAUGUGCAAUUUUAAAUUGAAUUCAUCCCAAGAAACCGCAGUCUGGAGUUGCAUUACUGCUAGAAAAUGCCGUCAUCAGGAGACUGUAAACCUCAUAUGGGGUCCACCCGGGACAGGAAAAACAAAGACCACCGGUUGUCUUUUAUUCGCUCUAUGGGAACUGAAAUGUUGCACAUUAACUUGUGCUUCGACAAAUAAUGCUGUGUUAGAAGUUACAAAACGUUUCAUGAGUCUUGUAACAGGUUCACUCAAGUAUGCCCCUUAUGGUUAUGGAGACAUAGUUAUAUUUGGGAAUGGUAAACGAAUGAAAAUCGAUGAUUUUCAAGAACUCAGUCAAGUGUUUCUUGAAAGCCGCAUAUCUGCUCUUGCUGCAUCUUUGUCUCCAACUUCUGGUUGGAGAAGCAAGGCAGAAUCAAUGAAACGUUUGCUGAAAUCCCCGAAAGAUGAAUACAAUUUGUACUUACGCGAGUUUGAAACCAGGGAUGUUAGGAAGGAAAAGGUGAUUGAAAAAAAAUUAUCUUAUAAUGAGUUUGUCACAAAAAGAUUACAUGUUCUUGCAGAAAAACUGACAACUAUGGUUAGGAACUUGUACACACACAUGCCAACUUCUUUUGUUAGUUUACAACUGGCAAAGAAAUGAUGAGAGUUAUCAGCUUGGUUCAGUCGGUCGAUAUUCCCGUUAUCAAUUGGCUUGGCGUUUCUGUAGAAACAGCGGUCACGAAGGAGUUCCUUCAAAUAGGCGAGGAAGUCCUUCGUGAAACCGUUUCUUUCCCUAUAUUCACCGAUCAUCAAGUAAUUGGAAAUUUUUGUUUGAAAAAUGCAUGUUUGGUGUUCUGCACUGCCUCGAGCUCAAGUAGAUUGCUCACCCUUGAUCAGACUAGUGUUGAAUUAUUGGUAGUUGAUGAAGCUGCUCAACUUAGAGAAUGUGAAUCUGUUAUCCCUUUGCAACUCUCUAGUCUUCGUGAUGUUAUACUCAUUGGAGAUGAAAAACAACUUCCUGCUAUGGUUACAAGCAAGAUAUGUGAGAAGGCGGAGUUUGGAAGGAGUUUAUUCGAGAGAUUAGUGUCGUUAAAACACUCGACACACUUACUAAAUGUCCAGUACAGAAUGCAUCCUAUGAUAAGCUUGUUUCCAAACCAAAAAUUCUAUGGGAAUAAGCUGCGUAACGGUCCAAAUGUACAAGAAAAUAGCUAUGGAAAACAGUUUCUUGAUGGACGCAUGUUUGGAGCAUACUCUUUUAUUCAUUUAGCCCAUGGGAAAGUCGAGUAUGACCAAACUAAUAGUAGGAGAAACAUGAUGGAAGUAGCAGUCAUUGUUGAGCUACUCACAAAGCUUCAUAAAGAAUCUGUCAAGAAAAACCAAAAGACUAGUGUAGGUUGCAUUGCACCAUACAAAGCUCAAGUUACAGCAAUACAAGAAAAACUUGGAAACAUUUAUCAAACUAGAGAAGCAGGAGGUGACUUUUCUGUGAAGGUUGGAACUGUUGAUGGAUUCCAAGGAUGUGAAGAAGAUGUGAUAAUCAUAUCAACUGUGACCGGUGUCGGGAGUGAAUCGAUUGGUUUUCUUGGUACACGUCAAAGAGCGAAUGUGGCUCUAACCCGAGCAAGGCACUGCCUGUGGAUACUCGGAAAUGGAGACACUUUGAAGUAUAGCACCCCGGUCUGGAAGCAUUUAGUGGACAACGCCAAGGUUCGUGGUUGUUACCACGAGGCUGACCAGGACGAGUGUUUGAGUCGAUUGAUCACAAAGACCUUAGUCGAGCAUUGUAGUGAUGAAACAUUGAACCGCUGCAAAGGAAAGCGCCACGAUGGGUACAAGGAAUUUAGAGGUUCCAAAGAUUCGGUCGAAGCCGCUAGGGAAAGGGUCCUCAUCAAAUCAAUUUGCUGCAAUGAGUUCUACAAAAGAAGUGGGAUCUUCUUCUUCAUUAUCGCCAUCGGGGUCAACCAAAACAAGUGGUUAUACUUGUCAAAUAUUAUAAUUUGUAUGAAAAUGUUACGAGGCUUGUAUGAAUUAUGAAAAACCCAGCUCGUACGCUCGUACGCUGAUACGUUUUUAUUUCCGUUUUGCUUCCCGUAGUUUAGUCGUUUUAAUGAUUUUGCCUCAAUCGUUUAAAAACGGACAUUUUCCUUCCUAAUCUAUGUAACCUAUCUUUAUUUCA